AUAAGACAGGAACAACUCCAUCAAAUAACCCUGGAUCUUUUCAUUGAGGCAUAAAGUAAUGUGGGUCAUUUGAUGGUGGUAAAUCAAAAAGGAAAGAAAGCGAUUAGGGACUGUCAUUUUGCAUAUCCCUCAUCAAAUUUGCGUGGAAACAAAGCUGAUACAGUAUCUCGAUCCUGUGUGGCCAAUGUGUUUGCAAGGAUAAAAGGCACGAUUGAUAACUGGUGUCUACACUGUCGUUCACUUUAUUCAAUCACACUCCUGAUAAUGCUAAACAAGAUGAUAAUUCUAUCACUUGUUCAGAAUGGAAAGCAGCACAAGAGACCAGACAAAGCAGUUUUGCUACAGUGCUUGAUGGAGAAAUUUCGUGGCAGUUUCACAAUCAGCAAACAGUGUGACUAACAUGUAGCAGGAGAUUUUGGUGAAUCCUUGAAGCCGUUAAAUUUCUACAAGACUAGUGAGGAUAUCACUCAAGCAAGAGUUCACAUUGAUGACAAAAUCCGCAGGAUAUACAUUUUUUAGAGGCUUCAGAUCAUACUGAUGAUACGGACAAGUAAACAAAAACAAGACUCUACUCGUCAUGGAAACUACAUGGUCGCCCAGUGAAGGAAUAACUGUCACUACCAACACAACAGGAGACAAAGAUGAGAAUGAAUUCACCUCAACAACAUUGUUGAUUUUGGUCAAGGUUUUGACACUACUUGCAAUCUUUCUGUGCGUCUUACUGAAUCCACUGAUGCUUGUCACUUUACGUCGUGUCACCAGCAUCCAGCCAACAACCAAAAUAUUCAUGGCUUCUCUCACCCUGUGUGAUCUGUGCAACAGUUUAUUCAGGAUCUUCGCUUCAACGGAAUUAUUUACUGAAUCUUGGAUGCUGGGGGAUUUUCUCUGUGUGGUAGAUGGUGUGACUAUUUACUUAUUUAAUGGGCUGGGCAUUAUUUCCCUCUUACUCUUGACUGUGGAUCGUUAUAUUGCAAUUUCCCGUCCUCUGCAAUACCCUUCAAUCAUGACUGUGUUCCGAUCAAAGAUAAUUGUGUUGAGCACGUGGGCAGCAGUGAGCAUUAUAUGCAUUGUGGUAUUUGGGAUUGAUGGCAGUGGUAUUGUCUCACUGGACACCCAUUAUUACCAUUGCAAAGCAGGAUAUGACUGGAGACAUCAUCUAGCUGUUGCACUUCUUGUUAUCACUAUUCUAUCAAUAUUCGUCCUGUAUGCACACAUCGCCAUGAUAGCACACAAUCAAGCCCGACGCAUUGCUGCUGAAAACCAAGCAGGCAAUGGUCAAGGUGGGCAGAGAAUAAACACCAGAUCAACCACCACCAUCAUCAUCAUAACAGGGGCUUUAACCAUCACCUGGAUGCCUAUAGUUAUUUGGUUAGGGAUGAAUUCUCAAAACAAAUCGGAGACUUAUGACAGUCACUUGGCCGCCAUGUUCACACAAGCUCUGGUGUUGUCCAGUGGAUGGCUCAAUGUUGUUAUUUACUAUCUGAGAAACAGGGAUCUUCGCCAGGCACUACGAGGUCUCCUAUCUGACUGGUAUCACAGUCUCAACCAAAGAUUUGUGCAUUAGUUUCGAAGGAAACUUUCAAAUAUCAAUACUGACACUUUAACACUCAGCUCUUAACAGUGCAAUCGCUGGCUCUUUGUUAUGAUAAGCACUGAAUACUCUGAAAUGUUUGAGCAUGUUGAGAAACAAUUCACUACCCUGCGUGGGAAAGACUUAAACCCAAGAUCUCAUGCAGGUUUAUGUAAAGCAGGCAACUUUGUUUAAAGCAGAUUGUGAUUUGCUUGAAUUUGCGAAAUGUCUCACCUUCUU